CAAACUACGCUUUCAGAUCGCGAAGAGCUAGAUCGGAAAGGAGGUGGCCGCCGCCUGUGGUGUCUUUCACGGUUUCUGGGCGUUCGUGUCCCUCAGCCGCCACCUUUUUUCCUCUGCCCCCACGAUGCCGAUGUACCAGGUAAAGCCCUAUCACGGGGGCGGAACAUCUCUCCAUGUAGAGCUUCCCACCUGCAUGUACCGGCUCCCCAACGUGCACGGAAAAAGCAGCAGCCCGGCGCAGAAUGCGGUCCACGUGCAGGGAGAAUCUGACCCGUCUCUUCACGCUCUUGAGUCCCGCCAAGAUCAUAUUUUAAAACGUCUGUACGAGUUGAAAGCCGCAGUCGAUGGUCUCUCCAAGAUGAUUCAGACGCCAGACGCCGACCUGGACGUAACCAACAUAAUCCAAGCCGACGAGCCCGCCGCUUUACCGACCAGCACGUUGGACUUAAAUUCAGUACUUGGAAAGGAUUACGGGGCUCUGAAGGACAUCGUCAUCAACGCGGACCCCGCCUCGCCCCCCCUCUCCCUGCUCGUGCUGCACCAGCUGCUCUGCGACCGCUACAAGGUCCUGUCCACAGUUCACACCCACUCAGCAGUCAGGAAUGUGCCGGAAAACCUCCUCAGGUGCUUUGGCGAGCGGACCAACAAACAGCCCCGCCACGAGUACCAGCUGGGUUUUACUCUGAUUUGGAAGAACGUGCCGAAGACUCAGAUGAAGUUCAGCGUCCAGAGGAUGUGUCCCAUCGAAGGGGAAGGGAACAUUGCACGGUUUCUGUUCUCCCUGUUUGGCCAGAAGCAUGACGCAGUCCACUCGACACUCAUAGAUAGCUGGGUCGAUGCAGCUGCUUUCCAGCUGAAAGAGGGAAGCAGUAAAGAAAAAGUCUCCGUGCUCUCCUCCAUGAACUCGGCUCUGGGGAACAGCCCCUGGCUCGUGGGGGGCGAGCUCACGGUGGCGGACGUCGUGCUGUGGUCCGCGCUCCGGCAGACGGGAGGCUGCAGCGUGCCCGUGCCGGCCAACGUGCAGAGGUGGCUGCGGGCCUGCGAGAACCUGGCGCCUUUCAGCACGGCCCUCAAGCUCCUUCAGUGACUCGGGAACUGACUUUCAGGGGAUUCAGACUAGAGUCUGAGAGUAGUGCUGUUUCGUGCCUGUGAUGGUAAAGGGACUUGUACCAAAAUCAGACUCUUUAUUUAGGCCAGUUGUCAAGUACCAAUAAAACCACCACAUAAUUUGUGGUUUUCGUUUUAUUUUAAAA